AUGAUCACGACAUCCACAUUUUUGACAAUUGCCAAAUACAUAUUCGGUACUUCAGUGGCCGCGACCACACUCGCAGCAGGGGGAUUAUGGUUCUUUCAAAGACACUUGAUCUAUCCAGCUUAUGUUCCUGAAGGUGCGAGGAAGGUCGUACCAAGGCCUAUCGAAUUAGGAAUGCCAUACGAAGAUAUAACCUUAUCGACAAGAGAUAAAGUGAAGAUCAAAGCAUAUGUGAUUCCAGCUAGGAGAAAUCCAGUUUUGACUGAUCAACUGAGGAAUCUGAACCAUAAGGAGAGAGAAGAAUUGGGUGAAAAAGAAAUGGAGAAAUGGUUGGAUGAAUUAGGUGAUGAAAAGGCUAUUGAUUACGCUAAAAGUAGACCUACGAUAGUGAUAUUUCAUGCCAAUGCAGGUAAUAUGGGUCAUAGAGUACCGUUGGCGAGGAAGCUGAAUGUGGAUUUUCGCUGUAACAUAUUCAUGUUAUCAUAUCGAGGGUACGGUUUAUCAGAAGGAAGACCUUCAGAGCAUGGUAUACGCAUAGAUAUUGAAACGGCUAUGGAAUUCGUGAAAUCGCAUCCUAUCUUAGGGGAAACGAAGAUCGUGCUAUAUGGACAAUCUCUUGGGGGAGCAUCAUGUCUUUAUGCAGGUAGUAGAUACCGUGAUUUGGUAUCCGGUAUAAUCCUCGAGAACACUUUCCUCUCCCUGCCAUCCCUUAUCCCACUAGUCUUGCCUCAAUUACCUAAAUUCGUUUUGCCGAUCUUAUUGACCGAGCAUUGGGAUGCCCAUCAUACGAUGCCAUAUAUACCAUCCACUACUCCCGUCUUGAUGAUAGCGGGAAAGAACGAUGAGCUAGUUAAACCAAGUCAAAUGAUCGCUUUACGUCAUUUACGUGGAGGAGGUCUGUUGAAAUGGAAAGAAUUGGAUGGAGGUCAUAAUGAUACUUGUCUACAACCUGGUUAUUGGGAGAUUAUAGGUGACUGGCUGAGAGAUCAGAUUGAUCUUGUACCGUCAUAUGCAGAUUCGAAGAGGAUAUCCGAUCAGGAUCGAGAGAGAGAAACUGAAAGAGAGAAAGAGGAAGAAGAGAAAAGUGAAAGUAGUGAUGAUUUUCAAAGAGUCACGAAAGAAGAAAUUUUAGAAGCCAAGAAAGAGUUGUAG